AUGCCAGAUAUUAUUAAAUAUGAUAUAAAAGAUUUACAAGAGACUGUUUUAACACCAUAUCAAAAACAUAGGCAAUUAAGUAUGAAAGAAGCACAAUCUAUAACGUUAGAUAUCCUUUCAAUAUUGUGUGAUGGCCAAGUUAAAGAUGAAGAUACUUUAAAGUGGUUAGCAAGGUUCAUGACUUCCGAUACGUAUUCAGAUUUAAUGGAUGAAAGAAAUCUUAACAAAUUAUGUGGAUAUCCUAUGUGCCAUGCAUCUCCAGAAAGAGAAAGAGAUCCAUUUGAGAUGUCUAAACUUACUAAACAAUUUUUAUGGGAAAAUAAUCCUUAUGCUUAUUUAUCUAGGUUUUGUAGUAAAUAUCAUUUCCGUUGUUCUCAAUUUUAUCAAGUUCAAUUAUCAGAUGAUGCCUUGUUUUCAAGGACUGGGAUUCAUUUAAUAAAUAAUUCUAUGCCAACAAAUAUUAUUAUGAAUGAAAAAUAUAAUGUUGAACUCAUGGAAGCCAUGCUAAGGAAUAAAGCCACGGAAGAUGAGUUUAAGAAUAUCAUAUUAGGUGUGAAGAAGUUAGAAAUAGAUGGACCUGAUAAGGUUACUAAUGAUACUAAUACAAACCCAACUCCAGAAGAUUUAACGAAAUGGUUUGAAGAUUUUAAGAUCAUUGAAAAUGAAAAACCUACAAUUAUAGAUGAUUAUUUGAAAGAUCAUAGAUGA